GUGCGCAUGCGCCGCUAGGGAGCGGGCCCGGCCGGCUGGGAGAUGCUGCGGCGGAAGCCGACGCGCCUGGAGCUCAAGCUGGACGAUAUCGAGGAGUUCGAUGGCGCCCGCAAGGAGCUCGAGAGCCGUAAGAAGCAACGCGAAGAGGUGGACGUGGUGGGAGCCGCCGAUGGCGAAGGAGCCCUGGGGCUGAACGCCGACCACAAGAGCCGGGAGCAGUUGAUCCACGACCGGAUCGGCUACAAACCGCAGCCCAAGCCGAACAAUCGCUCCUCCCAGUUUGGGAACUUUGAGUUCUAGAGGUGCAGGGUGGGCGGCUGCGGCUUGUGCAGGUCCCUGCAGGAACUUUGGAUGAGGCAGGAUUUCGUUUGAGAUCAUGAAACGUCAGUUUGGAAUCGGCCGAGACGGUCGUCUCCUCGUGGCACUGAAGGAAUUCAUCUUUUCGGCAAAACCAGGCCUUGCUCUCCCCACACCCAAAACAAGAUAAGCGCUCUGUUCCACUUGGUGACUUCUUGCAUCCUCCGUAGCUUCAAUAAAAUGCAUGUGGUUUUUCUAAGAAGUCCACAAGCGGCGUUUCAUAAAA